CGCAGGCCAUCUCCUAACCCCACAGCUAUACCGAAGAAUUCAUACCUCUCAGAAAAAUACGUAAUCUCACAGGAAGACUCCUCAGGAGACAAAUAAGUCCAUCGGGAACAUUCCUAAAAGAGUGUCAUACUUACCGCAAAGCCUCAAAGAGGACUUUUCUGUAUUAAUGGAUCCAAGAUGCUCAAAGCCUGACAACUCCUCUAAAUUUCUACAGUUCAAAGAAGUUCCCAAAAAUGUGAAUCUUGAAUUCAUAGCUGAAGGAGCUCAACUCCAGAAAGGAGGUUACAAAAGUCAAGGAUUUGCACAACUCAAGUAAGAAAAUAGCUCUCCAACAUUACUCUGCACCACGAAGGAUUAAAAAGAAACUAAAGACUGAAAAUUUGAAAAUACCAACUAGGAAAAAUCCAAACCUCUCAAUCGAGAACAAAGUUGAGUUUUUCAUAAACACUUACAAUAAAAAGAUUGUAGAUAUUUCCAGGCUUGACAAAAUAUACAAAGAAGAUCAAGCUACUUUUGAGGUAAAGUCAUAUCCUUGACCACAUCACCAACCAUUGAUAGAUGUGUGACGAUAAAAAUUUACAGAAACUUAUUGGCAAGGAAGCUAAAUCCAACUGGUCCAAAAUAGCCAAGCUUAUCUUCAAUAAGAAUAAAGAGGAGUUUGAUAAAUAAGAUACACUCCAUCCAAUAUGCAAUCAACCUGAAAUUGUCAGAGCCUGGCAAAAAGCCAAAGAGACAUUUGCGAAACCAUCAUAAGAAGCGCAUCAAGCUCGGCUCUCAACAUUCUAGGAUCAAGUCAAGGUCAAAGUAUAAGACUCCUGAAAGAUCUAUUUUAACCAAGAAAACUCGUCUGAGUGAUGCCAACAUGAGCUUUAAUGAUGACUCAGAUUCGACAUUUAAAGAGGCAGCCAGUCAAGCAAAUUUAUCUACUAAAGAGGUACCACUUCAUAAAAAGCGAAUCCUCAGUCCUUAUAAAGAGGCUUUGGAGAAGAGCAUGAAAGAGCAGCAAAUGAAGAACAAAAUAGCCCAAAAACAUCAAGAAUUCGCCCAAAAUUUGGUUAGACUCGUCACAGCUGACCAAAAAUCUCUUAAGCAGAAUCAUAAGCGCUAUCAUACAAUAGAUAAUAGGCUAGCUUACACAACCAGAGGCCCAAUGACUUCAAUACAUACCCCGACUUUACUAAACCAAACCAACAAUGCCAAUGAAACUCUCUGUCCUCCAUCAAUCGUGGAAAGUAUCCAACCUGAGAUUUCAAGAAUGUCCAAAAGAAUUCUUAAUCUGAGCAUGAAAGGAAGAAAAAUAUUGAAGCAGCCUCGCCUGUCAUCUGCUGUGUUAAAUAAGUUUAAAGCCAAGAAAGGAAAUAGAUACAAGAAGAAACCUCCACAGAAUUGUAAGAGCACUAGGAAAGAUUUUGGUAAUGGGAUAGAUAGGCUGAACCGUACCAGACAGCCAUCUCCUCCUUUGCUAGAGCCUCAUGGUGAGUGAAGGGUUAUCGUAAAUCCCAAAAUGAUCAAGAAGGAACCAAGAAUUGUGUUCGCUUAAUUUGUGUAACUUAUAUAUAAUGUAUAAGUACAAAUAAAGCCACAAGAAGCAUUCCCUUAUUUACCUCAAUAAAAUCAUAGGACUUCCAAUCUUGUCCCUCAAAAGGAGCAUCCAGCCCUAAAUUCCAACAAUAAA